UGUUGUGCUAGUUUGUUGUUCUCGGGCGGCGGGAGCGGGGCCCGCCGGGCGCUGAAUCCGAGCCCUUCCCGGCCCGUUGCCCGUGUCCUUCGCCGCGGCACCGGUACCUGCCGCUCCGGCGGGAGGCACCGCGGCGCUGCCGCGAUCCGCCGCUGCCGCCUGGGCCGGACGCAGAGCCAUGGCUGCCGCGCUGGGAGGAGGCGCAGAUGAUGACUUUGAUCAGUUUGAUAAGCCUGGUGCAGAAAGGUCUUGGAGAAGAAGAGCAGGAGAUGACGACUGGGACAGUGAACUUGAUGAUGACUUGCUUGGAGAGGAUUUGCUGCCUGGAAAAAAGAAUCAGUCAGACUUGUCAGAUGAAGAGCUGAAUGAUGAUCUUCUGCAAAGUGACAAUGAAGAGGAGCAAGAAUUCCGCUCUCCAGGUGUCACAGUGAGCCUCAAUGCCACAUCUGGCAUCCUGACAUCAUACGAACUCUCCAAGUCCAUCAAUGAUCCCUCACUGGAACACGAGUCUGAGUAUGACCAAGGGGAAGAUGAAAUUGGUUAUGACAAAUCUGAAGCACCUGAAGAAUAUGCCUCCGAGUAUGCAGAGGAAGGACAUUAUGAAGGCAAUGAUCCUGAGCUGACAGAAGACCAAAUAGAAUAUGGGGAAGAGCCUGGAGAAGAAGAUGAAGUGCUAGACCUUGAAAUCAAUGAACCCCUAGAUGAAUUUCCAGCAGCUAUUGGAUCUCUGGAACUUCAAGAAGAAACAAAAGAAGAAUCUGAUGAAGAGGAGGAUGAUGAUGAAGAGUCUGGACGAUUACGUUUCAAAACUGAGCGGAAAGAAGGAACGAUCAUCAGGCUCUCAGAUGUGACAAGAGAAAGGAGAAACAUUCCAGAAACUUUGGAGCUUUCUGCAGAAGCCCAAGCAGCAUUACGUGAAUUUGAAGAGAGGGAAAGGCAGCUUAAGCAGGGGCGAUAUGGCUCCAGGAGAGGAGGGAGAAGAGGAGGCUCAGUUAUGUGUCAUGGAAUGGGAGAACAAAGGAGAGACAAUAAUGAUAGGGGAAGAAUGAAGGAUCACAGGCCUGCACUGCUGCCAAACCAGCCAUCAGCAAUGCAGCAACAGCAGCAGCAGCAGCAGCAACAGCAGCAACAGCAGCAGCAACAACAGCAGCAGCAGCAGCAACAGUUACAAUCUCUGCUUCCUUUACAGCAUCAGCAUCAUUCUUCUCCUCCUCCAGGGCUACAUAUGCCCCCUCAGAUAGAAACACCUCGAAUAAUGAUGACUCCCCCUCCAGUGACACCUCAGCAACCGAAGAACAUACACAUAAAUCCACAUUUCAAGGGGACGGUAGUGACGCCUGUACAAGUGCCCUUGCUGCCAGUUCCCGCCCAACCAAGACCUGCUGUGGGACCCCAGAGAUUUCCUGGCCCUCCAGACUUCCAGCAGCAUGCACCUGGACCAGUUCCUACCAACUUCUCCCAAGCCCCGAGGCUGCCAAUCCAGGACCAGUGGAGAGGGCCACCCCCACCACCUCCACCACUCCCUCCUCCACCUCCUCAGGACAGAGAUCCUUUUUUCUUAGCAGAUCCGAGGUUCCCGGGUCAUCCCUUGUUCGAGCAGCGAAGCCCCCCACCGCCACCGCCUCCCCCGCUUCUGAACAGCGCCCAUCCCGUUCCUACGCAGAGCCCGAUGCCCUUCAGCCCGCCCGGGCCCGCCUUUAACCAGCAGGGCCAGCAGCCGGUGUAUCCCCGGGAGCGGCCGGUGCGGCCCGGCAUGCAGCCCCAGGGCCCGGUGGGGAUCCUGCACUUCAACCAGCCGGGCUCCGCCGCCCCGCGGCCCUUCAUCCCCCCGCGGCAGCAGUUCCUGCAGGCGCCGGGACAGCCCUUCCUGGCCCCGCACACCCAGCCCAGCAUGCAGGGUCCUAUGCAUCCUCCAUUACAGCCUCAGCCACAACCUCAGCCUCAGCAGCACCAUCACCAGCAACAACAGCAGCACCAUCACCACCAGCAGCAGCAACAUCACCAUCUCCAAGGGCCUCCACAGCCCUUGAUGCCCAUGAACCAGCCACAGUUCAGGCCUCACAUGCAAGCCACACAGCAGCAGCCAAAUAACAACAGGAUGCAGUGUCAGCCACGGCAGGGUCCAAUGAAACCAAGGCAUAGUACCCCAUCACAGAAUAUUGUCAAGCGUUCGAAUCAGCAGCUCCAGUCGACCGCUCCCAGGAACAGCAACUUGCGCGAGUUGCCGAUAGCCCCGUCCCACGCCAUGGAGAUGAGCAACAGCAGGCGAAGCUCCACCCCAGCUGCUCAGGUCAAACCCAUUACCAGCACCGUGUCUGCCACCAAGUCUGUCACUGGUGGUGGGAACUCCCAGGGAAGGCCUGAGAUGAAAGCUAAAGCAAUCGCUCCGGUGGGCCAGGCAAAGUCAGAAGGAAAAUCUGAACCAGAGUAUCCAGAGGAAGAUGAAGAAACCCGGUUGUAUCGUUUGAAGAUAGAAGAGCAGAAGCGCCUGAGGGAGGAGAUCCUGAAGCAGAAGGAGCUGAGACGGCAGCAGCAGGCUGGGGCCAGGAAGAGAGAGCUGCUGGAGAGACUUGCGCAGCAGCAGCAGCACCAGCCUUGCUCCCAGCAGUCCUACAUGCAGCACGAGGAGGAUUCCUCCGAGUUCCCCACCAACGGCAGCCCCUACAUACCCCACUCCGGCUUGCAGACCAGGCACAACGUGAAAAACAGACUCCUUGUUCGAAAGCAAGACGCGGUAGUUGCAAACGUCCACCCCAAACCCGCAGACUUCCCCCAGGGCGCAGGGGACGGGCAGUACCAAGGACAGCAGAUGAAGCCAGUGAAGCAGCUGAGGCAAGCUAGAACAGUUCCUGCGAGUCAGCCUCAGGCAGCACAGAAAGCGUUACAGAGCAAACCUGCUGCGGCGGCGCUGCCCACGCCACCCGCGGCUCGAGUGGCCUCCGUCCCCGCGAGGCCCCAGGAGCAGAAGCCGGGGGUGAAAAGGACUGUCAUGCAGCGGACAAACAGUGCUAGUGAUGGGCCCCAUGUCGGCAGCAAAGUCAGGGUGAUUAAGUUGUCAGGAGGGGGGGGAGAGGAUGCUGGCUUUUUUCACCCAGAGGGCCAACCCCAGCGGCCUCAGCAACCCCCGGAGCCGAAACAGCAGCCAGUGCGGAAGGUCACAUUGACAAAGGGAAUGCAGCAGCACCAACAGCAGCAGCAGGCACAGAUCCAUUCACCAGUUCCUCAAGGAGUCAAAAACAUCCAGGGAAUCCAUCAGCCUAAAAAGGUCAUUAUGCACGGCAGAGGCAGAGGAGUAGCAGGCCAGAUGGGCCGAGGACGCUUGAUGCCAAAUAAACAGAACCUGCGAGUGGUGGAGUGCAAACCUCAGCCCUGUAUUGUGUCAGUUGAAGGGCUUUCUUCAUCAACUACUGAUGUCCAACUGAAAAACCUGCUGAUGUCAGUGGGACCCAUUCAGAGUUUACAGAUGCUGCCUCAACAACGGAAAGCCAUAGCAAAAUUCAAGGAGCCAGCACAUGCUUUAGCAUUUCAACAGAAAUUCCACAGGCACAUGAUUGAUCUGUCCCACAUCAACGUGGCACUGAUUGUGGAGUGAUGUCUGCUGAGACAAGCCUCUGCACCUGCCUCAGUGUACUGUGGAGCUACAGACUCACAGUGGAAAAUCCAUCGGGCUGGGAGCCCUGUUGGCUCAGUCUGUAACUGCUCUGUUGAACUACAGACAGCACCAAGGUGACCUCCAGGAGAGGUGAAUUCCAGAGGAUCUGCAAAGGUGGAAUUUCUGUUUGGUUUCUUCACAUUCUGUUGUAACCACAUGGAAUUAUAGAAUUUAUUUUUUUUUUCAAAAUGCUUUUGAUGCAUGUAGACAUUGUUCUUCAGGAUCCUACUGUGUGACCACAGUGACUUGAGAGAGAACAAUUACAGCGAAAGAUUUAAAAAAAACUUUCUCCAUAGCAAAGAAUAUUUGAUAAUGGUUGCUCUUAUCUUCAGUGCAAGGUAUUUGAAUGAAAACUCAUUUUCUAAACAAAUUAGUUGCAUUGUAUACCUGAGAGCACAGAAGGUAUUCUUGCAUAGAUUUGAACAUGGUCUGCUUUGCUGAAUAGCAGUUUGCUGAGAAGCUUUGGAGGUGACACUGGAAAAUUGUAGUUUUGAUCUUUGUAAAUAAGUCUGUCUUUGCAUUUUUCUGUUCCAACAUAGACUUCCAUCUUCUCUUUCCAACUCCACUUAUUCCAUAAAACCCUGUGUAGGAGAAAUAACACUGCUGUAUUUUCCCUUGGUUUUUAAAAGCAAGGAUCUUCACCCUUCAGUAGCAUUGUGGGGUAGUGAACUCCGAGUUGUAAUUAGGUUGUUUUAAAUAAUUCUGCCAGAUGCAAGGAAAAAGAAAUAUUUGGUGGGUCACUUCAAAACUGUUAUGCAGGAAGAGUGGUGAAUUCCUGAUAGUUCUUUUGGGCUAGUGUUUCGUGGUUGCCUCAUGCUUUAUUUUGAUCAGGAUUUUUUUUUUUUUUUUGAGAUUUAUUUUGUGAUUAAUGCUGAACCAUAAGAAACCCGUAACUGAAAGGACUUGUUUUGAUGUGGUGUUCCUGAUACCUAAAGGACUAUAAGGACAUUGUGAAUCUCCUGGUGAACGUGUCAGUUCCCAAAAAUGCCAUGCAAACAUUAAGGAGCUUAUAUUUUAUUCAAAGUAAAAUUCGUAAUGUUUCCUUUUGGUUAGAACCAUCCAGAUGGGGUUGCCAAAGGAACAGUUUUUUCAGUUACUUCUGAAUAAACUUAUUAAAAUGUCAUCUUUAUAUUGGAUUCCAGUUUUUAUGAACAUUUCCUUAGUUUUUAGACCAUGAUAUUUUGCUUCAUGCUUUAUUUUAAGAAUGCUCUUAAGCACUCCACCUACUUUUUGAAGGGGGGGACUUAGAGAAACGUAGGUUUGUUACCUGAGUGACUGCAGAAAAACACUACGGGUAUGGGUAUGAAGAGAUGAAGUAAAUUUAUAGAAUUUACAGUAUGUUUUUUAAUAGUAUCUUUUUUUAUUAUUUUUUUCUUGUGGGUGAUUUAAUGGCACAGAUACCUAAUUGGCUUUCUUCCAUUUUGGUCCAGAUUUUCAAUUAAGUAAAAGUUAACAAAAAUAAUGGGAGAAUAAGUUCUGGCUAAAGUAUUCUAGGUAGACCUGCUCUCUAUUCACUGAAAUAAUACAGAAUAACAUGGUGCUUAGGAAAUACUCUUUAAGUCCAUUUAAAACUUAGUUACAAGACACAGUAACAGAAUGAAAUUCUUUUCAUGGAAGUGAGGUUUACACCCACCUGUAUAAUUCAUGCAUAAUGUUUAAUGACAGCCUCAAUUGCUGUACAUGAAGUGCCAUUACUGCUUCGGGGUAGAGCCAAGCCCAGGACAGAGCAUGAGCUGCAGGUAGGAAGUGCCCAGUGGGACCAACCCCAAAGACCUGCAGAUUGAUCAGCCCCAGGCUGUUUAACUCCUCACACCAUCAGCUCUGGGACUCCUACGCUGCCUCCUCAGGUUAUGUCACAUUUAUUCGUAAGAAAUAACUGCUUUUCUUUAAAACAAGGCACUGAACAGUUGCUCAUCCCACUGUUAGGGAGCAGCUUCUCUGCAGCAAGCAGGACAAGGAGACAUCUCGGGGUGGAGUUAUAGUAGUGCGUGUCUGGAAAUCUGGGAUAGAUGCAAAUGCCAGACAGGCCAGCAGCUGAGUUCAGCAGUAGGAACAUCUGCAAUUGAUCAGCUGUCCUGUCAGAAGCAAACAUUAUUGGGGUUAGAGGGUUUCUUGGAGCCUGAGAAUAUGGGUUUGAUUCAAAAGUCAAAGAAGUUUGUAGAAAUGCUCCUGCUUUGGGUUUUGAAUCCAUCCCAAAAAGCCUGAGGUUCAGCCAACUUAAGUUUUAAAAAUUUUUAUUCAGCUGGGUUUUUUUUUUUUUUUUUUUUUUUUUUGAGACAAAUGUGUGGCUUUGGAAUAAAGAUAUGAAAUGGCCUCAUAUCUAUUUAAAUGAAGGAGUGACGUGACAAUGCCUGUUCAACGAGUAGAUGCAUCCUUUUUAACAGCAGUUGCAGAUUAUUGCUUGUGCAACAGACAGGGUAUGGGUGGAUUUCUGGGGGUUAAUUCAGCUGCUUACUGCAGUACCUGGCUACCUUCCUUCAUGUAAACAUACUUAUAUGUAUGUAUGUAUGUCUAUAUUUGUUUUAUUAUACACAUACAUACAUACAUACUCACCCUGUGUUAUCACCAUAUCUCUCUAAUAUCCUAAAAAACUCAGUAGCGAAAGUAGCAAUUAGGUGAGUAAUUUUUUUAAAUGUUUGUGUUCUCUUACUUCUCAAAUCCUAACUUAAAAGUGGAUCUCUUUGCUUUUGAUUGGUUUGGAUGAUACAGGUCCUGUAGAUCCAUUUGUUGUCUCCUCCCAAAAAACCCAAAGGAAGUAGAGGUAAAGCUAGACAGACGUGUUCUUGAUGUGUUCUCUUCCAGCACAGAGUUAAAUCUGAGCAUUUUAAGUUGACUUUCUUGGAAGAUCUGUUGCAACCAUUAUCUUGUUCUUUCUUUGUAGUGAAUUCACAAUACCAUGCAAAAUGGGGGAAAAAAAAAAAGAGAAGGCAUUUAAUGUAGUAUGUAAAUAUUGAACUUUUAAAAUUAAAAUGCUACUCAAAGUGCUUACAGUCAACCACAUCUUAGCUAUUUGUUAGUUUUUUGUGUUGUCUUAUCUAAAUUUAAAUGGAUAUGGUUCCAUAAAUGUUGAUGUGUUUUUGUGUAUAUCUUCAAAUUUUUAUAAAGAUGCUAGUAAGUCAAUACAUAUAUCCUGAUCUGUGUAUUAUUUGUUCAGUUUUUAUUAGCAUAAUUUUAUGAUUAUUUAAAUAGGCAACUCCAGUAGGUGGUUAUAUGAAGUCAGGUUUUUUUGGUUUUUUUUUUUCUAAUUAUUUCAUUUCCAUCUUGUACCACUGGAAAAUUCACUUUAUUCAUAUUUUGCCUUGACUAAAAUAUUGAAUUACCCAUAUGAUCUGUGGUAUUUUAGUAGAAUGUUCUACUUUUUUAAAUUAUUAUUUAAAAAAAAAAAACCCUAAAACAACUCUGUCCUUUAACUUCUAUGGGGAAAUACAGUGCACUGUCAGACCAGGGCACGGGGUCUCUCUGGGUUUGUUCCAUUGUGCUGUUUGCAGGUACAAAUGAGGUGUGUGGUGUAAUCCUGUCCUCCAAAGUUGGGGCAGUUGUGGUUUCACAGUUUUGGUUUCACACCCAGGCCGGGUUGGUGGCACGUUGGUGCACGGCAGUGCUGUGAGUGCCACCCACACCUUACCAGUGGCACACCAGCCCCGUGGUGCUGGGCACACUCAGGUCCUUGCUGCAGGCAGGGAGACGAGGACAGGUCUGUGGCAUUUCCAUAGGCAGAGGGAUGCUGUCCUCAGCCACACGGAUCCCCAGUGUGAUUUUGGGAAGGAGGAGUGGAUACAAGCACCCACCCCCUCUGCAGGAUCCUUGGAUAUCCUGUUUAUCCCCCAAGCUGAAAUCUGAAGAUUCGCUUCAGGUUUCCAAAUCUGUAAAGAAGUCCUUCUAGCCUUUAAAAAGCCAAGCAAGCUGGGCAUUUUAAUUCACUAAUGGUUAGGUUUCCACUGCAAGGAUACAGGUGAGAGUAAAACUGAAGGUUGUUUCAGAAUAACCUUGGAGGUCCUCAUAGGUUUUUUUUUUUGAGGUCAGCUACUGGGGAUAAGAAAACACAUUUUACUGGAUGCUAUUUUUUUUUCUUUUUUAAAACAUAGUAUCUUUUAUCUGUGUAGCUUGAAAUGAUGCAGUUUCCCUGGAAGCUGCUGCAGGCACUUCUUGCCAUUUGCACUCAGUAGCUGCGUGUCUGUAUGUGUGUGUGUCACCCUUGUAGCUGGGCUGAGAGGGGUGUGGGAGGCUCUGGGGUUUCUUCUUCUGAGGGUUUUUUGGCCUGGUGUUUUGUUUUUGGUUGGUUGGUUGGUUGGUUUUAUGUUUUGCUUUGGUUUUUUUUCUUUUUUUUUUUGGUCUGUUUGGGGGUUGCCCUGGAUUUGUCCUCUGGCAUAGUGUUGUGAUGUUCCUGUCCUUUGUGUAGUACUUGUGUCUGUGAUGCAAGACAUGGUACUUGAAGGUAGAAAUCUGAUUUCACCUGAUCACUGUCAAAAAGGCAUUUUUUGUUCAGAGAGACAUAAACCUUUUUUUAAUGCAUUUUUUGUGCUUUUAUUUUUCUUUUAUUUUUUAGAAUCGUGUUGGAUGAGAAAUUAAAUGUAAAGGAAACAAAUCCCAGAUUGCAGAAAGUUAGCUGUAUUAUAAAGGUCAUUUAGGGUAACACAGAGCUUUUGUUUCAAUGUUACCUUAAAUCAUGCCUUGCCCUCUACUUAAUUUAUAAACAUAAUACUUGAAAGUAUUUUAUCUUCAAUUAGUAUCAAAUCCUAAGGAUUUUCUGUAAGGUUUUUUUGUAACCUGAUUUUUAAUCGUGGAGAUAACUUGCUGUCCACAUAAGCACAGGGGCUUGUGUACAAAACCAGAUUCAUAUUGGAUCCUUGCGUAUACCAACUUCUGGUAUAAUAUGGUUGGGAAGGAUCAUUUUGUUCUUUAUAAUGCUGCUUUUGGCAGGGUUGGGUUUUUUAAUUUAAAACAAACAAAUAAACUCCCUUUUCUACUUCUCUGCUUAUUUUGAUGGAAAGUGUGGUCCUUGUUGCACUAAAGAAAGCCUCAAGCAGAAAGUUAAUCUCACGGGGUCUUUUAGGUGCCUGUGUUGCUCUCUGCUUUCUUGGUUGGAUGCACUGAUUUUUCUAACUAACUGGAAAUGGGCUUUAUAGAUACACUUUUUCAACAGGUUGCACUGCUUUUAUUUUAUGUAACAGCACUUGUGUUCAGUGGUUUUUACCGUCUAAACUUUAAACAGUAUUGCAGAUUACAAAUACUUUUGUAAAAGAACCUGUGUGCAGUUAAAUGUAGCUGUAUUGCAAAGUUGUGUGUGGUCACUUGGAAGAUCACAGUUUCAAACAGUGCUGUCUUGAUGUUGUGUUUGUUCAGGAUUUUCUUUGUGUGCAUCUAAUGGAUUUUAAUAUGCAUGGAAUUUCUUUUUCUAGUGUCUGUCAGGCUGAGUUUGGAACCUUAGAGUUUUAUUUCUGUUUUCAGAAUAACAAAACCAUUUGUUUGCAGGUUUUCUUUUUUACAGAUAAUGAAACUUCUUUCAACGAUUUAACUUCCAGUUAAUAGACAUUUUCACUUACAGAUCCAGCAGAGGCCAGCCACUAACACAUGUUUGUUCACAGAUGAUCUUCUGUACCACUGAAUAUAAUUUUAUUUAUAAAGGAGCCCUUGGAUUAAGUCAGCUUUCUUUUUCCUGUGGUACCUUUUGCCUCUCUGCUAUGCUUUUUCUCAUUUCCAUCUCAUUUGCCCCCAUUUUUCCAUUUCCAGAGGGAUAUUUGUAUCCUCUUUCCUGCUCGUUUCACUCCCUGUUCAUUUUUCUGGGCGCCUUUUUUUUUUUUUUUCCCCGAGUGCAUUGCAUUCAAUCUUCUGCUCUGUUUUCUGUUCUUCCAGCUCUUUUGAGGCUACUUGAACCCUAGGUGUCCUGCCCUGAAAUCCACCAUGCUGUACUUUCCUUUGCAGACUCUGGUUCCUGAAGUUGAGGUUGCUUUGGUACAGGUAUCAUCCCUUAGGCAAUGCUGCCCGUCCCAGAACGCUGGAGAAGCAUCACUUAACACUUUUGCUUUGCAGUUUACCCAUGCUGGGGAAUGUAGACAUUUCCUUUACAUGCUUGAGCAUUUAGCCAGGCUAAACAGGAUUAACAACCAUUUUAUCCUUUUCACUUUUUCAGGAGCUCUGUUCUUGAAUUCAGUGAUAGUAAUAGCACUUUUUCUUAUUGCCACCUAGAAAUACCAACACUGUCGACAUGAUUCUACCUCCUAUUACUAUUACUGAAUGUGAUCCUUCCUAACCUGUAAAGUCCUAAGCAGUGUAUAUAUAUGUAUACAUAUAUCUAUAUUUGGGUGUUUUGAGAAUCAUUUCAAAUGUACUGCUCUAAUCUGGAUUGCAGAGUUUGUUUAUUAGCAGUUCAGGAUAUAAAUUCAGCAGCCGACUGUGUCAUACUGACUGCACUGGGAGUGCAUCUGCCUCAUGUUUUCUACAGCAUCCUCUGCACAAGGUGUGCACUGCUGAUUGCUUGAGUGUAAUACUGGACUAUACCAAACCCUCCACGUGCAUAAGAGAUCUUUGUCGUACCUAUUUAAGUGAAUGUAAAAAUGGAAACACAAAGAUGAUCUCAUGUACCAAGUUUUUUUACAUGUAAUUCCAUGUUUGAAAUGUGAACAUGUAAAUAUAUUUAUUGUACCUAAAAUAUGUCAAUAAA